GCAACACACUCCCCAUCUAGCAUUUUAGGACAACCGUGCAACGCUCUGAAUGUUUCAUUAGUAUUUGGUAUAGAUCGUACAAUUUUUGAAGAGUUUAAAGAUAAACGAUGUACUUUUCAAUGGGAGAAGAGGAUGAGAAAAACAUGGCAGCUUGGCUUCUUGGUGUCACAACUCUUCGGAUUCAGCCCUACACCCUCCCCCCACUCGGCCCUGCUGAUGUCAGAGUUAGAAUCAAGGCACUUGGCAUCUGUGGCAGUGACGUUCAUCACUUUAAGCAUAUGAGGUGUGGAAAUUUCGUGGUGAAGAAACCUAUGGUCAUCGGCCACGAGUGCGCCGGAAUUGUAGAACAAGUGGGGCGGCGGGUGGAGGGGUUGGCGGUGGGCGAUCGGGUGGUGCUGGAGCCCGGGAUUAGCUGCCGCCGCUGCCGCCUUUGCAAAGACGGCCGCUAUAAUCUCUGCCCCAAUAUGAAGUUCUUUGGUUCUCCUCCCACUAAUGGCGCUUUAUCUAAUCAGGUAGUGCAUCCUGCGCAUUUGUGCUUCAAACUGCCUGAUAAUGUGAGCUUGGAAGAAGGGGCAAUGUGUGAGCCGCUAAGUGUUGGCGUCCACGCGUGCAGGCGAGCCAACAUUGGUGCACAAACCCGGGUGCUGAUCCUCGGCGCGGGGCCCAUCGGCCUUGUCACCAUGCUGGCUGCCCGUGCCUUCGGGGCAGCGAGAAUCGCUGUGGUUGAUGUAGAUGACCGCCGCCUCACAUUCGCCAAAAAUCUAGGCGCAGACGAAACCAUUCGAGUCUCACCAGCCAUCGCGGACGUGGAGAAAGAAGUGGAGGAAAUACGCGAAAAAAUGUGUGGCACGAUCAAUGUGAGCUUCGACUGCGUUGGUUUCGACAAGACAGUGUCAACGGCACUGCAAGCGACGAGCGCGGGUGGGAUGGUUUGCCUCAUUGGGUUAGGGCAAACCGAGAUGGCCGUUCCCAUGACUGCUGCAUCUGCAAGGGAAGUAGAGGUUGCAGGCAUAUUCAGAUACAGGAACACAUGGCCAUUGUGCAUUGAACUCAUUGCAAGUGGCAAAAUAGAUGUGAAGCCUUUGGUCACACACAGGUUUGGGUUUAGUCAAGAGGAGUUGGAGAAAGCCUUUGAGACUAGUGCUGCUGGUGGUCAUGCCAUCAAGGUCAUGUUCCAUCUUUAAUAGUACUAAAUAAAUUAUUAAGGUGUAAUUAUAAUGAUGAUGAUGCUUAUACUUUGUAUUUAAAAAAAUUGUAUCAAAAUAAAGUUAUUAAAAUAUUUUAUUGAAAAGUUAUCCUAAACACAUACGCUAAUUGAAAAUGAUGCGGCUAGCUAAGGUGUGAUUGGACCGGCAACCCGAGACUAGCUAAGGUGUGGCCAGGUUGCCGAGUUGGGCCAUUGCUGAACCCAGAACACCUGGGCCAUACUCUCUAAGCCCAUCAGAUUAGUUAUGGCCCAACUUGAUGGGCUCAUGAUCCGAGUCCAAUCUAUGCACGCACCAAAUGUGUUGUGGAAUCUUAUAGGUUUCUCUAAAUCUUCUAAGUCCCGAACCAUCAUAGUUGUCCGAGGUCGAGAAGAUGACCUUUCGAGAGGUCUACCUUGAGUUAUACACAAAAAAGGUCCACUUGUUGG